UCGGGAUGCGCCCUGAAAUUCAGGACCACGGUCAGCGCCCAUAGCCGCUUUCUUUUUUUUCCUCAUCUUCUUUCUUUUUUUUUUCUCGGAAGUGGCCAUCGCUGGUUGUCAAUCGCCAAAGAGCAGCUGGAAAAGCAGAGAGAAAGAAAGACAAGACGGAAAAGAAAGUAUAUUUAUUCGGGGUGGAAAAGCAUAAAAAAAUAUUUGAAACAGUAUAAUUAGAUUAUAAAAGCGAACACUGGGGAAACAAAGAAAAGAAGAAAAAAAAAGAAAAGCAAAAGCAACAGUUACUCAGGGCGACUCCACAGGCUGUCGAGAAACAGGUUCCUGGAGCAAUACUCAUGGAGUGAAGUUUGAAGCUUUUGAUGGCACCUCGGGUUGUCGCACUUCCCCGCGUCCCAGCGGCUCUCCUGUGACUUGACGACCCCGGCGCUUCUCCACUUUGCCUUUAACUUCAAAACCACUAUGCUAGAUCCGUCUUCGAGCGAGGAGGAGGACGAGGUGGUGGAAGAAGAGCCCAAGACGACGGCCGCGGCGGCUCCAAAGGCCGUCGCGAGUGCGCGCGCCUCGACUGGCCGCUCCGGCCAGAGCGCGGGCGGCUUGCAGCCCAGCUGCGGCGGCCACGCGCGGCCAACGAGCCCCGGACCCGCGGCCGCCGGCGACAAGGAGCCGGACGACGUGGAGAAGCUGCAGAGGGAGGAAGAGGAGAGGAAGAAGCGGCUGCAGCUUUACGUGUUCGUCAUGCGCUGCAUCGCGUACCCGUUCAACGCCAAGCAGCCAACGGACAUGGCGAGGCGGCAGCAGAAGAUCAGCAAACAGCACCUUCAGGUAGUAAAAGAUCGCUUCCAGGCCUUCUUGAACGGAGAGACGCAGAUCGUAGCAGACGAGGCAUUCAUCAAUGCUGUCCAGAGCUAUUACGAGAUCUUUCUGAAGAGUGACCGCGUCUCCCGCAUGGUCCAGAGCGGCGGCUGCUCGGCCAGCGACUCCCGCGAGGUCUUCAAGAAGCACAUCGAGAAGCGUGUGCGCAGCUUACCCGAGAUCGACGGCUUGAGCAAGGAAACGGUGCUCAGCUCCUGGUUGGCUAAGUUCGACACCAUCUACCGCGGCGAGGAGGAUCCCAGGAAGCACCAACAACGCAUCACGGCCAGCGCCGCCUCCGAGCUCAUCCUCAGCAAGGACCAGCUUUAUGAAAUGUUCCAGCAGAUUCUAGGCAUCAAGAAAUUCGAGCAUCAGCUGCUCUACAAUGCCUGCCAGCUGGACAACCCAGACGAGCAGGCCGCCCAGAUCAGACGAGAACUCGACGGACGUCUUCAGAUGGCUGAUCAGAUCGCGAAAGCUUAUAAGUUCCCCAAGUUUGUAUCGAAGGACAUGGAGGUGCUCUACAUCGAGGAGCUGAAGUCGUCAGUGAACCUGCUCAUGGCCAAUCUGGAGAGCAUGCCUGUGUCUAAAGGAGGCGAGUUCAAGCUGCAGAAACUGAAGAGAGGCCACAACACAUCGAUUAUUGACAUGGGUCAAGAGGAUGAGAACCAGCUCUCCAAAUCUGACGUUGUGCUUUCCUUCACUCUCGAGGUUGUGAUUAUGGAAGUUCAGGGUUUAAAGUCGCUCGCUCCCAACCGUAUUGUCUACUGCACCAUGGAGGUAGAAGGAGGCCAGAAGCUCCAGACUGACCAAGCCGAAGCCUCCAAACCCACUUGGGGAACUCAAGGAGAUUUUACCACCACACACCCGCUUCCUGCUGUCAAGGUGAAACUGUUCACUGAAAGCACCGGAGUGUUGGCACUAGAAGAUAAAGAGCUGGGAAGGGUCGUUUUGCAUCCGACUCCCAACAGCCCCAAACAGUCUGAGCUGCACAAGAUGACGGUAUCUAAAGGCUGCCCGGAUAGUGACCUAAGAAUUAAACUUGCUGUACGCAUGGACAAACCUCAGAACAUGAAACACUGUGGAUAUCUUUGGGCUAUCGGAAAAAACGUGUGGAAGAGGUGGAAGAAGAGGUUUUUUGUCUUGGUGCAGGUCAGUCAGUACACCUUCGCCAUGUGCAGCUACAGAGAGAAGAAGGCAGAACCCGUGGAGCUUCUCCAACUAGAUGGAUACACUGUGGACUACACCGACCCUCAACCAGGUUUGGAUGGAGGCAGGACUUUCUUUAACGCCGUGAAGGAAGGUGACACUGUGAUCUUUGCCAGCGAUGAUGAACAGGACCGAAUCCUGUGGGUUCAGGCCAUGUACAGAGCCACGGGCCAGUCGCACAAACCCAUCCCUCCUACACAGGUCCAAAAACUCAACGCUAAAGGAGGAACAGCACCACAGCUCGACGCUCCGAUCUCUCAGUUCUAUGCAGACCGUGCACAGAAACACGGGAUGGACGAGUUUAUCUCAGCGAACCCCUGCAACUUUGAUCACUCCUCGCUGUUUGAGAUGGUGCAGCGCCUCACGUUGGACCACAGACUAAACGACUCCUACUCCUGCCUGGGUUGGUUUAGUCCUGGUCAGGUGUUUGUCCUGGACGAGUACUGUGCCAGAAACGGUGUACGGGGUUGUCAUAGACACCUGUGUUACCUGAGCGACUUGUUGGAGAGAGCUGAGAACGGAGCGAUGAUCGACCCCACGCUGCUUCACUACAGCUUCGCGUUUUGCGCUUCACACGUGCACGGCAACAGUGAGAGAGUGUGUGAGCUGAAUAAAUGGCCGGUGUGUGAGGCUGGUCUGCUCAGUGCCCUGUACCAGGCUCCUCCUGCCCCGUCUAAAAAAGAGCUCAGACUCAUGGAGCUGAUGAGAAAGCGGGACUCUAAGUCCCAGGUGGCAGCAGGGCUCAGAAGGCCUGAUGGAAUCGGCACGGUCACCGUAGAGGAACGUGAACGCUUCGAGGAGAUUAAAGAGCGUCUGCGAGUGCUACUCGAAAACCAGAUCACUCACUUCAGGUACUGUUUUCCAUUUGGACGGCCAGAGGGAGCUCUGAAGGCUACACUCUCUCUGCUGGAAAGGGUGUUGAUGAAAGACAUCGUAACUCCGGUACCCCAGGAAGAGGUGAAGGCCGUGAUCAGGAAAUGUCUGGAACAGGCGGCGCUGGUGAAUUACCAGCGUUUGUCCGAGUACGCGAAAGUGGAAGGGAAAAAGAGAGAAAUGUAUGAGCAUCCUGUCUACUGCUUGGCGUCACAAGUGAUGGAUUUAACCAUUCUUGAAAAAUCUCAGAAGGAUCAGAAGGAUCCAGAGAACGUAGGCCGCUUAGUUACACCCGCCAAAAAACUGGAGGACACUCUCCGACUGGCUGAGCUGGUCAUCGAGGUGCUACAGCAGAAUGAGGAGCAUCAUGCAGAGGGUAAAGAGGCGUUCGCAUGGUGGUCUGACCUCAUGGUGGAACAUGCGGAGACGUUUCUGUCACUCUACGCUGUGGACAUGGAUGCAGCUCUGGAAGUCCAGCCUCCGGACAGCUGGGACAGUUUUCCUCUCUUCCAGCUGCUCAACGAUUAUCUGCGGCUCGACUAUAACCUGUGUAAUGGGAAAUUCCACAAGCACCUCCAGGAUCUUUACGCGCCACUAGUGGUGAGAUACGUGGACUUGAUGGAGUCCUCCAUCGCCCAGUCUAUACACCGGGGCUUCGAGCGUGAGUCUUGGGAGCCUGUUAAGAGUUUAACAAGUAAUCUUCCCAAUGUCAGCCUUCCAAUUGUGAACCUCCAAAUGCCCAAAGUUCCAAAUCUACCGGUGUCAGUUAAUCUGCCCCCAGUGCAAAUACCACUCUUUUCCACCCCCAGCUGGAUGACAGCCAUAUCGGAUGCAGAUAACGGAUCAGGGACAUCUGAAGAUCUGUUCUGGAAACUAGACGCUCUGCAGACUUUUAUCAGAGACCUGCACUGGCCUGAGGAGGAGUUUGCUAAACACCUGGAGAUGAGACUGAAACUCAUGUCCAGCGAUAUGAUCGAGUCCUGUGUGAAGAGGACGAGAGUGGCAUUCGAAGUGAAGCUGCAGAAGAGCAGUCGGUCCACAGACUUCCGCGUCCCUCAGUCCAUCUGCACCAUGUUUAACGUCAUGGUGGACGCCAGGGCUCAGUCUGCCAAACUGUGUGCCAUGGAGCUCGGCCAAGAGAGACAAUAUCACUCUCAAAUCGACAACCUCAUCGAGGAGACGGUGAAGGAAAUGAUUACUUUACUGGUGGCAAAGUUUGUGGUGAUUUUAGAGAGCGUUCUAGCCAAACUGUCUCGUUAUGAUGAGGGGACGCUCUUCUCAUCCUUCCUCUCGUUUACUGUCAAAGCUGCCUCAAAAUAUGUGGAUGUACCUAAACCGGGCAUGGAUGUAGCCGACGCCUACGUGACGUUCCUCCGCCACUCUCAGGACAUCUUGCGGGAUAAGGUCAAUGAGGAGAUGUACAUAGAAAGAUUAUUUGAUCAAUGGUACACUAGUACGAUGAAUCUUCUGGGCACCUGGCUAACAGACCGCAUGGACCUGCAGCUUCACCUGUACCAGCUAAAAAUCCUCAUUCGAAUUGUUAAGAAAAAAUACCGUGACUUCCGUCUACAAGGCGUUCUGGAUUCCACUCUGAACAGCAAGAUGUACGAGACGGUGAAGAACAGGCUGAUGCUGGAGGAGGCCACAGCGUCUGUGAGGGACGGAGGAAUGCAGGGCAUCUCCAUGAAGGACAGCGAUGAGGAAGACUAGGUUACGGUCGGCGUCGUCUGCCGAAGCGAUGCAUGUACUCCGUCCGUCAUGCUUCUUACUAAUUUUUACUUUUGAGUCGUGCGAGUGAUAACGGGGGCCGAGGUGAAUUAGUGAUGCAAGUGAACGAAGCAAACGGGGCGAAAUAAAAUCGAUAUUUAAUGUUCAUCGGAAGAAAUCGACUCCAAAUCGGUGUUUUACAAGUAAUAAUGUCCAAGAAUGCGUUCCUAAAUGUUUCGAAGCAAUAUGGCGUAAUACUUGUAAGCGAUGUUUUGCGUCAGAUGGUUUGGAAUGUAUGCCCUGUUGUGUCCUUGUUCAACGUGUACGGCGCUUCUCCUGUGUGUACUGUAAAUAUAUGAAUGGUACAUUAUUGUGCAGAGGGUUUUUUUUCUGUAUUCCAAAUGAAUUGUAUUUAACUGGUUUGGGGGUGUUUAAAGGUAGUGUUUAUAUUUUCCAUUUACACAACAAAUAAAUAGUCAAUCAAUAAUCACAGUAUCUCUGGUAACCACAAGCCAUCUGAUUUCCUUUUCCUUUUUUUUUAAGAGUUAGUAGAUAUCUUAGAAAUGCAAUAUCAACAAUAUUAUGAUUUAGUUUGAUCAAGACAGACAAUAUAUUUAUGUUUUUGACACAAUUUAUCUAUUAGCAAGAAAAUAUUCUACAGCUUUCAGUUUUCAUACUGUUCCUUUAAAUUCUUUUGUUGCUUUUUUUUAUUAUAUCUGAUGCUGUGUAUUGCCCUUGGUGCAGAAGGUCAACUAUGUUAGCUAGAAAAAAGAUUAUAUAUCAAUUCCAAAGAAUUUUGUGGAAUGGCAGAUUCAUCCUACUUUUGCCUCGUGUGUGUCCUAAAAGAAAAAAAAAUGACAGUAGCUAAAUUAAAAUGUUCAUGCACAGAA